GCACACUCUGCAAUUAUGGCUUCAUCCUUACCUUCAUACGAAUACGGUGAGCUACCACAGGAUGCCUUCCGAUAUCUUACCCUCAAUUCUGGCGUCGGCAACGACCCUCUGGUGUGCACGCUGCAUACUUCAAGAAUCGACAAGGCUGACUACGAGGCCAUCUCCUACGUGUGGGGCUCUGAAGAGCAACCUGACGACAUCGAAUGCGAUGGCAUGCUACUCAAAACCACGUCGAACCUGAAAGACGCCCUACGGCAAGUGAGAUUGGCCGACAGCCCACGGAGGCUUUGGGCCGACUCAGUCUGUAUCAAUCAGAAGGAUCUGGAAGAGAAGGGCCAUCAAGUGAAAAAUAUGGGACAGGUAUACCGGUCAGCAACGUGUGUGCUCAUAUGCGUUGGGUCUGUUGGUUGCGAAUUUGGUCCCGGACUACGAGCCCUCCUGGAAGACGUGAACCAGAUGAUCUAUAAGACGCUCUAUCACAACGAUAUCGAUUAUCGAUCGGCUGUGGAUCAGCGCCUAGGGCCACAUCAUGAUGACAUAUUUCCGUACUUUGACAAUGACGAUCCAAUCCGAUCCGAUUCCAGGUGGCCUCUGCUAGAUGCGCUCCUGAGUCGAGAAUGGUUUCAGCGUGCGUGGGUCGUCCGUGAAGCAGGUCUUGCACGACAGGCGCUGGUACUCUGUGGAGACACUACGCUUUCGUGGAAUGAUCUGAUGUGCAUGAUCAGUUGGAUACACGGAAGAGCGCUGGGAGGUAUUUCAGUGGCGCAUGAAGACAGAUUGCAACCCCAUCGCGAAGCGUACGAGGCGCGGCAUCAGGAGCUUAUUUGUGUUUUCUAUGCGAGAUCGUCCUGGUUCGAGUGCUCUCUGUUAGAUUACAUGGACUUUUCGCGCUUCUUACAUCUGAAAGAUCCACGCGAUAGGAUCUAUGCUUUCCUGGACAUCGCCCCCGGACAUAAAGACGGCUUUGAGAUUAUUCCAAACUAUACCGACACGCCCUUCAAAAUCUAUUACGACUUCGCUACCGCAUACAUACUUGCCACUAAGGACUUGAAGAUACUGCACUAUGUCCAGCAUGGUGAAGUGAUGAUCGAGACAGGCUCGACGACAUGGGUGCCUAGAUGGGAUGAUGGACUGGCGGACACGACGAUCAUUUUUUCACCCUCGCAAGAUCCACCUCUUCUCUCACGAACGGGCCAAGUUUCUAGCCCCGCGAUUUUGGAGAACCAUGUCUUUCGGGUGCAAGGUGUAGUAUUUGACAAAGUGUGCUUCUCUUCGGACGUGUGGACCAAAAAUACCUUGACACUGGGAUAUAUUUUUCGAGUCUGGAUCCAAGUACGUGCUUUGGCAUCGUCAGAAAGUCCGUAUCGCGAGCGACUCCUCGCGGCUUUCUUCGAUGCGUUGACAUCGGGAGGCGGUUUCUACGGGGACCUGGAAACUCAUAUGAAGCAACGGCGACGCUGCUUGGAUCUUUUUCACAGUAUGUCAUCUCACAUGGAUGGUAAUGACACAAUUACAUGGGACUCUCUGGAUCUCCGUGAGUUUGGUGCAAGCUCAGUCCUUCUCAUGGUCGCAGCAUCUCUGAAUCGUCGGAGACUCAUUGUCACCCAACGCGGCUAUCUAGGUUAUGCUCCUCACAUUACUCUCGAGGGAGAUCUGUGUGCUAUCGUCUUCGGAUGUUCCAGGCCAUGCCUACUUCGAGCAGCUGCCAAUGAGAAUUCGUAUCGUUUAGUAGGUACCUCUUUUGUUCUCGGGGAUGAUUAUGAUAUUUCCGAAGAAGGACGACUACGGUUUCAUGCUACCUUUGGUGAUGAGAACAGCAAGACUUGGAUGGACUGGGAUAUUGAAGAUCAAGAUAUCCAUUUACUUUAGGAAGAGCAUGUGUCACAUUCCACCAAGACCGGCGU